AUGAAGAAGUGGUGGUCUUUGGUGAUUGAAGGUAAACGGAUGAGAUCGAUUGAUCUAUAUUAUCAGCACCGAAUUGACACUCGUGUGCCCAUUGAAAUCACGAAUCUACCAAGGUUCCUACCUGAGAAUCUUGAGAAUAAUAAAAUGUUGUACGAACGAGUUAGUGCGAUUGCAGUAAAGAAAGGGUGCACUCCAUCACAACUAGCAUUGGCGUGGGUUCACCACCAGGGGAAAGAUGUUGUGCCCAUACCAGGAACCACUAAAAUUGAAAACCUUCAGCAAAACAUUGGAGCUUUAUCUGUGAAACUAACACCACAAGACAUGGCUGAACUUGAAUCUCCACUGGCUUCAAUGACUCAGGUUUAUGCUCUUACAAGAGAAAGGGAUACACUACGUAGAGAGCAAAAUAAAAGAAGUGAUGCCACUGCGCUUUUAAAGGAAAAGGAUGACAUAAUCACUCAAGUUAUGGAAGAGGGUGAAAACCUUUCAAAGAAACAAGUUGUUCAAGAGUCUACAAUAAGAAAACUAUGGCACAGAGAGUUUGAAGAAGAAAAGAAAGGAUUUAUAAGCAAGCUACAGGCUGAAGAGAACAAAGUGGAAAAUUUGAAGAGUAAGAAAGCAGCCACAGAGAAACUGCUGCAAGAAACAAUAGAGAAAAACCAGUCUGAAGUUGCAAUACAAAAGGAAUACUAUCUGAAUGCAUUAAGUGUAGCCAAGGAAGCAAAAGCAGUAGCAGAGGCACGAGCUUAUUUUGGUGCUGGAUUAAGUGGAGUUCUGGCUUGGUGUGUGCGAGUGGGAAGGAACCAACCCAAUGCCCCCGGAGUUUCUGGCACCUUCCAUCUUUACUUCCUAUGUAUCCAGGGUCUUGUUCAAUGCUUUAGCUGUGUUUGCUCUAAGGGAGAUCAACUUAUCAAAAGUAACCUUCUCAACAACAACAUUCUACUUAAGCAGGUGAGUAAUCAGAUUAAGGGAGACUUGUAA